UUCCGCUCGGCAGGUGACAGCCGUGGAGCUUGGAGCGGCCGGCUGCUGCGACGCACCGGAGGAGAGUGAGGCGGAGGCUGCGGACAUUUUGCUGCUGAAGCGAGCCGAGCCGCGGCACCCGGAGCCGUUUGGAUUUGUGGGGUCUCCCUAGGGAAUCCAGACUGACCCGGAAUCCAUGAUCCUUGUUCUUCAGCCUCCCGAGAACUAGGAUUGCAGAGUCUGGCCACAGAUAAAGGACCAAAAUGACUGACUCAAAAUACUUCACCACAACCAAGAAAGGGGAGAUCUUUGAGCUGAAGGCAGAGCUUAACAGUGACAAGAAGGAGAAGAAGAAGGAGGCAGUGAAGAAAGUGAUUGCAUCAAUGACUGUGGGCAAAGAUGUCAGUGCUCUCUUCCCUGAUGUGGUGAACUGCAUGCAGACAGACAACCUGGAGCUAAAGAAGCUGGUGUACCUGUACUUGAUGAACUAUGCCAAGAGUCAGCCUGACAUGGCCAUUAUGGCUGUCAACACCUUUGUGAAGGACUGUGAGGACCCCAAUCCUCUCAUCCGGGCCCUGGCUGUGAGGACUAUGGGCUGCAUCCGAGUUGACAAGAUUACAGAGUACUUGUGUGAACCACUCCGGAAGUGCCUGAAGGAUGAAGACCCAUAUGUGCGCAAGACAGCGGCUGUGUGUGUGGCCAAGCUCCAUGACAUCAAUGCCCAGCUGGUGGAAGACCAGGGCUUCCUGGACACACUUAAAGACCUCAUCUCAGACUCUAACCCCAUGGUGGUAGCGAAUGCAGUGGCUGCCCUGUCAGAGAUCGCUGAGUCUCACCCCAGUAGCAACCUGCUUGACUUGAACCCACAGUCUAUCAACAAGCUGCUGACAGCCCUUAAUGAGUGCACUGAAUGGGGCCAGAUCUUCAUUCUGGACUGUCUGGCCAACUACAUGCCCAAGGAUGACCGCGAGGCCCAGAGCAUCUGUGAGCGGGUCACUCCUAGACUCUCCCAUGCCAACUCUGCUGUGGUGCUGUCUGCGGUGAAGGUGCUGAUGAAGUUCAUGGAGAUGCUGUCCAAGGACCUGGACUACUAUGCCACACUGCUCAAGAAGCUGGCCCCUCCCCUGGUCACACUGCUGUCAGCAGAGCCAGAGCUGCAGUAUGUGGCUCUGCGCAACAUCAAUCUCAUUGUACAGAAAAGGCCAGAGAUCUUGAAGCAUGAAAUGAAGGUUUUCUUUGUGAAGUACAAUGACCCCAUCUACGUGAAGCUGGAGAAACUGGACAUUAUGAUCCGCCUGGCCUCCCAGGCCAACAUUGCCCAGGUAUUGGCAGAACUCAAAGAGUAUGCUACAGAAGUAGACGUGGAUUUCGUACGGAAGGCAGUGCGUGCCAUUGGCCGCUGUGCCAUCAAGGUGGAGGUGAGUAGGUUCAUCUGGGAAGCUGCAUGUCUUCAUUGGUGCUCACAUACUGGCUCAAUCAUGCUUCCCAGGUAUGAGAGUGUGAUAGCUACACUGUGUGAGAAUCUGGACUCGCUGGAUGAGCCUGAGGCCCGAGCCGCUAUGAUCUGGAUAGUGGGCGAGUAUGCCGAGCGGAUUGACAAUGCAGACGAGCUGCUUGAGAGCUUCCUGGAAGGUUUCCAUGAUGAGAGCACUCAGGUCCAGCUACAGCUCCUGACAGCCAUUGUGAAACUCUUCCUGAAGAAGCCAACAGAGACUCAGGAGCUGGUGCAGCAGGUCCUCAGUUUGGCCACUCAGGACUCAGACAAUCCAGACCUUCGGGACCGUGGCUACAUCUACUGGCGCUUGCUCUCCACGGACCCUGUAGCUGCUAAAGAGGUGGUACUGGCUGAGAAGCCCCUCAUCUCAGAGGAGACAGACCUUAUUGAGCCUACACUGCUGGAUGAACUCAUCUGCUACAUUGGCACGCUGGCCUCUGUCUACCACAAGCCUCCCAACGCCUUUGUGGAGGGUGGCCGGGGAGUGGUGCAUAAGAGCCUGCCACCUCGCACUGCCUCGAGUGAGAGCACAGAGAGCCCUGAGACAGCUCCUGCUGGAGCACCUGCUGGUGAUCAGCCUGAUGUCAUUCCUGCCCAGGGUGACCUGUUAGGUGACCUCCUCAACCUGGACCUUGGGCCCCCAGUGAGUGGCCCACCCUUAGCUGCCUCCUCCGUGCAAAUGGGAGCUGUGGAUCUUCUUGGUGGUGGCCUCGACAGCCUGAUGGGGGAUGAGCCUGAAGGGAUUGGAGAUAGCAACUUUGGGGCACCUUCAGCAUCAGUGGCAGCAGCAGCAGCACCAGCCAGACUUGGAGCACCCAUCAGCAGUGGCUUAAGUGACCUCUUUGACCUGACCAGUGGUGUGGGCACCCUUUCAGGAUCCUAUGUAGCUCCCAAAGCAGUCUGGCUCCCUGCCAUGAAGGCCAAGGGACUGGAGAUCUCUGGCACCUUCACCCGGCAGGCUGGCUCCAUCUCUAUGGAUCUGCAGCUGACUAACAAGGCCCUGCAGGUCAUGACAGAUUUCGCUAUCCAGUUCAAUCGUAACAGCUUUGGCUUGGCCCCUGCUGCACCUCUCCAGGUGCACGUACCGCUCAGCCCCAACCAGACCGUGGAGAUCUCCCUGCCUCUUAACACAGUGGGCUCAGUCUUGAAGAUGGAGCCUCUAAACAAUCUUCAGGUGGCUGUGAAGAACAACAUUGACGUCUUCUACUUCAGCACUUUGUACCCGCUGCAUGUCCUCUUCGUGGAGGAUGGGAAGAUGGACCGGCAGAUGUUCCUGGCCACAUGGAAGGACAUUGCCAACGAGAACGAAGCCCAGUUCCAGAUCAGAGAUUGCCCGCUUAGCACAGAGGCUGCGAGCAACAAGCUACAGAGCAGUAACAUUUUCACUGUCGCCAAGAGGAACGUGGAGGGCCAGGAUAUGCUCUACCAAUCUCUGAAGUUGACCAAUGGCAUCUGGGUGCUGGCGGAGCUGCGGAUCCAGCCAGGCAACCCCAGCUUCACGGACUUGGAGCUGUCCCUGAAGUGUCGAGCACCGGAGGUGUCCCAGCAUGUGCACCAGGCCUAUGAGACUAUCCUCAAGAACUGAAGCCCUGUCGCACCCACCCCAGCCUCUGCCAGCCCAGUCCUGGAACCCUGCAGGUGGCAGCACCUCCUCCUUUCUCCGAGGAAAGGCCAGGUGGGCUCCUGAACCACCCAGGAGGCUCCCCUGAGGGCCUGGAGCAGGGCCAUGUCUCCUCCCAGAGUGAAAUCUCAGUGCAUCUCCAGUGGCUGCUUUUUUUCUAUUGCUGUUGAUGUGGGAUCAAAGGAAAUGGAGCCAGCACAGCAUCAGAAGCUGGACAGAGGGCCACAGGGUGCUCUUCCUUCUCUCUUCCUGGGUGUGAACAUGGACUCCCCACCCCCAGGGUCCUAGCCCAUAAUCCCUGCCCUGUGUCCUCAGUGAGCCUGUCCUGGGGAGAGUCCUCUGGGUGCCAAUGUUACUGCUUGGGACUCCAAGGGCUGGAAGUGGUGAUGGGCAGAUGUGAGCCCAGAGGAGCAGCCUGGGCCAGCACCAUCUGCCCCAUGUAACCCCAGUCAGUGCUCUGUGGCCACCUGCAGGUCCCAGAGCCCAGCUAGGAUUAUGUUCUCUGUGCCCUGGAAGAUGGUCACUGCCUACAAAACAUUCCUGGUGUCCCCUCUGUGAGUCCAGGGCUCUUAGAACAGAAAUAGGGUGAAAGGUGGAGCAAGGGGCAGUGGCCACGCUUCUGGUGUGAGGUCCUGUGGGUUGUCCAGCAUCCGCUGGCUCCCCUGGCUCCCAGUCUGUGUGUGUGACAGUUAUCCUGUCGCUGCUGUUUGAUAAUAAAGAGAUUCUGCUUUUGGCAA